GACGUCUCCAGUACCUGUGGAGUGCCCAGGAUGGCUGCAGCCGGCCCCAUGUUCCCCGAUGAGAAGUACGUGUUCACCAUAGUUGAGCGGUCUUUGAGGACAUUUCUUCAGCAGCUUAUGGCUGAUGUCUUGUCACAGCUGACUGGAGACAUGGAAGAGGGCUCUUCCGCUCCGCCAGUUUGCUCACCUCAGACUGUGGUCGAAGGGCUGAACUUCAGGCCUAAGACUAUGGUCGAAGGGGUCGACUUGAGGCCUCAGACUGUGAUGGAAGGGGUCGACUUGAGUCUUUUGAUCACCAUGAUGUCGCAAGAGGUCGUGAACACGUUGUCUCGUAGGCCAAGGGACAGCUCUGCUUCACUCACAACGAGCCUAACUACCCAUGAUCAGGAAAAUCUGACAAACUACAAGGCCAGGGCAUCUAAAGAGAGAGCUAAUAUAACAAAUGACAUAUCUGUGGGCAACGACUACUUUUCUUUGAUUAGUGCAGUAUUGAUGCAGCUGCUGACAAAGAUUGAACCCACAACGCCAGACAUGGCAGAUUUCCCAGAAUUCCACAGUGGUCUGGUUGAACAGACCCUAACAGAUUUCAGUUCUGCGUCAGGCCACUCGAGAUACGAGGCUAGUCCAGGAGGAGUUAGCGUUCAGAGAAUGUGCAACAACAUCUACAGUGACCUUCUGGAUGUCUUUCGUAACAAGUCCAUGGUGCACGGGCUCCUGGUGUAUCGACAGCCAGUGUUAAAGACAGUGCUGUCCCAGUUUUUGGUGAAUGAACUUGUCAAAGUGUGCAGGAAGGGCGCAGGUGCAGGUCUCUUCCACAAACUCAAAGUCAACAGAAAACUUGCUGAUGCCCUCAAGAGCCGUCUCGCCAAGGGUAACGCCAAAGUUCAUCCCAUCACCACUAAAGAACAGGCGUGCAAUGAAGACGACGGAGAGUGGGUGAGUCUGGAGUCAUCAGAGUGCAGCUCUCCUGGGUCGUUAUCCUCCGCCAUGCAGGACUCCACCAGUGACCUUCUCUCCAAGAUGAAGAGGACUUUACACAUAGCCCUGUCCAAGAGCCAUGUAGCUCCAACAUGAGCAUUUAAACUGGGUACAGGCCAUUAUCCAAACUCCCGUCCUCCACCUGUGCAUGUGGCCUCACACUUCAUUGAUACCCUCCUCCGUGGAGAGAACUAUAAAGUUUCCCUGCUGUCAGUGUAGCCAAAACAACUUUUUUUUUUUCCGCUUCGACAUCCUGAUUGCAAAUGAGAAAGCAACCUUUGGAUUGCCCUUUUUGAGAGAUAUUGAAUUAAACUUCUGUCGGCAAUGACGUCUUGUGAUGUCAUCACAAGGCCACAAACACAAGGGAGGAUGGAAGGAAGGGUAAUGGAAAUAACCCACAGUCUUUGGCCUGGCGGGAUUGACACUGAACCUAUGGUUUGGUUCAGCAAUUGUUUAUUCAUUGUACCGUCAACCGGUGUAAUGCUAUUUUUGUGUAGGGUAAUUGUUUU